AUGAAGAUCUUAAAUACCCAGGAGGCCGUGCUGACGAACGUUGAGGUCUACACUUUUCUGACCAACCAAGCAAAGCAGUACCAUGAUCAAAAGCGCAAGGGACCAGCAAACCUGGAGACAAUUCGCAAGGAGGUUCUUCAGUAUUUCGAGUCUUCGCCAGCUCCUUUGAGCCAGAAGCCUCUACCCUAUGACACAACGGCAAUCCCCAAGGUCAUAAAAAGAUUAAGCCCAUAUGAGAUCUCUAAGGGCGAAUGCAUCAUGAUCUUGAACAUUCGCCCCACCAACAUCGCAGUCCUCAAUGUGAUCAUUGAGAACAUGGAAGACCGCUUCAAUGCCGACCAACAACAAGAAAUUCUCGAUAUUGUCGUUGAAAUUCUUGGCCAGUUUCCUGAGGAGCCAGAAUCGGAUGCCGUUAUGCAGACCACUUAG